CUAAGUUGCAUCGUCGUACUGAGUAAGUUUCAGAGUUUUUAUAUUUUUCUAUGUGUCAAUUAAUUUGGGUGGGGUGGUUUAAGGAUUCUUUCUUUUUCUCUCACAUUAUUCUUUUAGCUAGUAUGCUAUAAACAUGUUUUUUCAUGGGCUGAGUUCAAUUAGAUUGGUUGGUGUUUUUUUAUCUAAAGCUGGAAGGUACAGGGAGUCUGUCUCACAGUUGUUUCUACGGUAGUCUCAGUCUUUGCCUGCUUCUUGGAGGUUCUCCGCUUCUCGGAGGAUCCGCUGUAUUUUGAAGCAAUCCAUGUCCUUCAAUUUUACUCUCCCAACAGGGAGGGGCCUCUGCAGUCAUCCAUGCUGUAUGGCAAGAAGACGCAGAUGCUCUGAGGGAGCUGGUGAGGGCUGGGAGCAACCUCAACCUCCAGAACCAUGUUGGCCUUACCCCUCUCAUGUUUGCUACCAUGAUGGGGGAUUCUGUUCUGACAAACAUUCUACUGGAAGGAAAGCACAUCGAUGUUAACAUUCAGGAGAACGCCGGAGGAUGGUCAGCUCUUCACUUCUCUGCUGAGAACGGAGACUUGGCGACCACGUAUGCUCUCAUCAAAGCAGGAGCUAAUGUUCACCUCAAAGACAAGAAUGGGAUGGACGGCUAUUGAGAUGGCUGAAGUCAAGUCAGCAGACCAAGAAACUGCCCUCAUGCCUGAAUUGUCCAUAGACUGCAGAGGCAGCUACAAUGGACCCAGAGACUAUGGGAAAGUGAUUGAGCUGCUGAGAGGAAACCUUGUGGAGCCAGUUACUCCACCUUCUCACCACGAGUUGGAUAUUCCAUCUACUACCGGAAAGGAAAGGUCAGAGGUGAGAGAUAAAGCGAGAAAACUCAAAAAAACAACAUGGGGGACAAGGGAGAUCAUAGAGAAGAGGAAGCCAAGACCUUCAGACAACCAAACUGAAAGAAACAAUAAUUAGCAUCCACUGUUUGUUAGCUACUUGCAACAUUAUAAUAUGUACCGUAUUGGUGAAGAAUUUUACACAAGGUACACUAAUCUUAUGACUAAAUAUGGUGUCUGUGUGAAGAUACAUAUUUCUGAGGGAAUUUGUGGCCCUUGGGAAUGCUUCCCAUCAUUUUACAAA